AGAGGGGAGAGCAGAAGAGAAACAGAAACCGAAGGAGUCACAGAGAUAGAGGAAAGAAAAAAUAAUCAGAGACAAAGCGUGAGACUGUCUCUUCAAGGACGUACGGAGACUGAGAUGGAAUCAAAGAGACUGAGACAAACCUGGGAUUAUCAGUAACCGAGGUGGAGUUAUUCAAAUAUGGACUAGUUUGCAAGGCUGCACAUACAUACGCAAAUACACACACACACACACACACACACACGCACACACACGUUUGGUUUUCUGUUGUGAGCGGUCUUGGCAGCGGACAGGUGUCAGCAUGCAGGAGUCUCCAGGUGCCGUGGGCGUCGAUGGCAGCUAUGCCAGCAACGUUCCAGCCUUUCUCACCAAGCUGUGGACACUGGUGGAGGACCCUGAUACCAACCACCUCAUCUGCUGGAGCGCUACCGGGACAAGUUUUCACGUGUUCGACCAGGGACGCUUCGCCAAGGAGGUUCUGCCCAAGUACUUUAAACACAACAACAUGGCGAGCUUCGUCCGUCAGCUCAACAUGUAUGGUUUCCGUAAGGUGGUGAACAUCGAGCAGAGCGGCCUGGUGAAGCCUGAGAGGGACGAUACAGAGUUCCAACAUCUGUACUUCCUCCAGGGGCACGAGCACAUGCUGGAGCACAUCAAAAGGAAGGUGUCCAUAGUGAAGAGCGAGGAGACCAAGGUUCGCCAGGAGGAUCUCAGUAAACUGCUGUAUGAAGUUCAGCUUCUCAGAACACAACAGGACAACAUGGAGUGUCAGAUGCAGGACAUGAAACAGCAGAACGAGGUGCUGUGGAGAGAGGUGGUCUCGCUGAGACAGAACCACACACAGCAACAGAAAGUCAUGAACAAGCUGAUUCAGUUUCUGUUCAGCCAGAUGCAGUCCAACACACCCAGCACUGUGGGCCUAAAAAGAAAGCUGCCUCUAAUGUUGGACGAUGGCUCUCCCAGCCCUCCUGCCUCCAAGUUCAGCCAUAGUCACCCAAUGGAGUCCAUGCACGAGCCCUUCUAUAUCCAGUCGCCAUCCAGUGAUACUGCCUCUUGCUCCACCAGUGGAUUGACAGGAGGACCCAUCAUAUCAGAUGUUACUGACAUGUCUCAGGCCAGCAUGGCUCUUCAGAUGCAGUCUGAUGAGACCAGGGAGAAGUGCAUGAUGCUCAUCAAAGAAGAGCCUGUGAGCCCAGGAGUUAGAGGAGGAGGGAAAGGAGGUGGUGUAGGGGGAGGAGAGGCCGUAGCGUUGACCUCCUCCUGCGAGGUGUGCUCCUCAGAACCUCCCGUCCUCCCUGUCGCGAUGGUCCAGUCUGUUCUGGAGGGAAGGAGCACAGUGACCUCUGUGGUGGAGAGGAGGAGUAAGAGGCCUGCUUUGGACAGAGUGGAGGUUUCAGACACAGUGGAGAACGUGGAUAUGAGCCUGGAGGAGUUGCAGCAGCUGCUGCUCAGGAGCCAUCAGCAGAGCGGUGUGGACGCUGGGACCAGCGCUGCUAUGGAUCCUUUCAGUUUAAGCCUGCCUCUGACUGAGUGGAACUUCACAGAGAUGGAGUCCAACCUCAAAUCAUACAUGUUCCAGAACCAGGAAGCAGAAGCUUUUCCAGCUACUGGCUGUGAGGAGCAGUGAGUCUGUGCCGACGUGGAAGGCCACAGAAGCUGCUCAUUAUUCCACUCUGCAUGAGUUCGAUCCCUGGGCCCCACCAAGCUGUUUCCUACACGUGGCUUUCAUUUUUUAUUCUUCACACAUCCAUACAAAAUAAACAGGCCUCUGUAGAUAACGAGAUCCUUUCUUUUUAAGCGAACGGAUCAAAGCCUAUAUUUCCCGUUUAGCUGGCUGCCAUUGGAUCUGCCUGUCAGCUAAAUGAUCUGUGGGCGCGACACAUAGGAAAUGACGCUGGUCUAAGGUUUUCAUAGUUAACCAAGCAAACGAGUGUGUUAUGACAUGUUUAUAUCUAGACUCCAAUAAUAAGCCAGCUGGAUGCAGACAGUGCAUUCUUGGCUCUUGCACUUUAGUCUUUGUGUGAGAGGUAGAGGCAGUUCCUGCUUGUAGAGGUGACUUUUUCUUCCUAUAAACACAUGUAUACAAAUUAUUAUGUUUUAUUUAUUUUAGUUUUAUUUAAAUUAUUAAUAAUAAUAAAAGAAAAAUACUAUAUGUGUAUCCAAAAGAAAACUUACAAAAGAGUAACUGUGAAGAACAAUCUUUGGGGGAAUAUGUAGCAUAUUUUACAUGCUAUGUGAUUUUUUUUUUUUUUUUUUUUCAGUCUGUGUAAGGAUGUAGAAAGUUGAAGGGCUCCUCAUAUGAUCCAUUUAUAAUGAUGAUAAAUGUCGAGAUAGAUGAGCAGGUGUGUUAGCCUUUGCGAUAUCAUAGGUUUCUCUAUUUAAAGCAUAUCACAAUGGGGGGUUUUUACACACUUAAACACCCGUCUAAUGUAUCUUUGCACAGGCCUGACAUGUAGCCAGGGACUUAGUUAUUUCUCUUCUGUCCAUUUAAAUGUGAAGUUUCAAGGAAAUAUAUAUAUAUAUAAAAAAUAGACUUCUCAUUUGACAAAAGCAUGAACACUACUGCAUUUUUGCACAAUCUGUAUCACUAGUUAUUUAUGGGUUUGACAACAGGUAAUUUAUUUUCUGUUUGUAGAUGACCAGCUCUCUGUUGCUCACUGCAUGGUUGUCUAAAAGAGAUAUCAGCCUCUAUGGCAAGGCUUUUCUUUUUUCUUUCUUUUUCUUUUUUUUCACCCAAAAGGCAAAUUCUUUCAUCUCAGAGACAAGACGUCACUGAAUGUUAAAUCAGCAAGCAAGGUUUUCAAGUCUGCAUAGGACAUUUUAAAAAAAACCCUGAUGAUUAGACACGUAAUAUUCAACUGUUCAAGAACCCAUCUUAGAAAAAAAAAGUUUUGAUGACGCCUGACUUUGUUUCAUUAAAUGUAUGGUGGGGUGGUUAGUUGAGAGUUUAAUCUGUUGAAGAAAUGCAUAUUAAUUAUCUGAACUGCUAAAUUGUUAAUAAUGUAUAAUAUUAGUUGUCAGCACUGGUUGCAGGCGACAGUUUAAAGGUUAACUUAGUGCAAAACAUACUUCUGGGAAACUUUGUGCAGAUAAGUUGAAUUGUGCAAUACUGUACAGAACUGUGAGAACUCACACAAUUGCAAUACAUGGAUGACCAUAGGAAUGUAGGAAACGGCAACUGUGAGUGGUGGAGUGGAACACGGCACAGCGAGAUACACUAGAGAAGGAUAAUGUUAGCCUGGGAGUCAAUCUGAGCCACACAAAAGCCUCAAUUUGUAGUUGUACGUUCACGGGGAGGUGCAUUUCAGCUGCAGAUUAGCCUAGAGCGAGGAUACGACCAGCACAGCGGCUAUGUGUGUUAAUAACUUCAAUCAGUGCAGCUUUGGGGAUGCAUUUAGGAAUCAGUGGCUUUAGUCCUUUCCUUGAAUGUAGGAAAUCUUCAAACUGAGUAUGAAACGUGGCUAAAAUCCCAGCGCCAGUUUGCAUUUGCUUUUUGAAGACAGCUGAGAAUUGUUCUUUAUAUAUUAUAAACUCUGCCCUGCAUCUAGAUAGUGUGUUCCUACAAAAGCUAGAAAGUACAGUCAUCAGACACAGUCACAAUUUAGGUUUUAGUGUUAGAGUGCUUGGUUAAAUUAACCUUACUUAAAAAUGACUAUAUAUUUAAUUUGUCAACUGAAAAGCAAAUGCAAACCGCAGACCCCUGCAGGCUAACGUCUUUGUGGCGGACGCUCCUUCUUUGUGCACGCCUCAAGAAAAGGGAGAGAAAGAGCAAGCUGUGUGUGUAUAACAAGUGAAAUUGCACUAAAAAAAAUCACAGUUGUAUGAUAUAUGAGAGUAUCCAGUAUAUUUUAGACAUUUAUUCUCGUUCCUCAUGAGACACAUGAGGCUUUUUCAAGGAGUGGUGAAUACACACAUUCAGUUGCUGUUGUGUUCUUAAUUUAUUCUGUUUUUUCCAUUUUAACCAUUUGCACUGGAAAUGAACGGACGUGUGUUCAGAUGGCAUUUAUGCUUGUCAGGAUUGCAGAUAGAUAAGGAAGUAUUUUUGUUCAACGAGUGGAAAGAUCUCUGCUGUAACGAAGCGUGGCAUCCCAAAAGCACCUCUGCACUACGAGUCGACAACAAUAAACCAGCAUGGAGAUACACGUCACACACUGUUUAUUACCGAACAAGAGCUAACCUGUACCUGUUAAACACCUGCAGACAGUAAAGACCAUCUUAGUGCUUAGAUGCUUUUGAACAUGGGCCACCACUUGCUAAAAAUGUGAACUGUUUUAAAUGGAGUUUUUUUUUUUUUUUUUUGCAAAGACUAAAGUGUAUUGUUACAGAGAGUCAAAGAAACUGAACAUGUAUUCCACCUGUGUAUGAAAUAUUUAAGUGGUUAAACCAAAUAAAAGUUAAAAACGAGA